GAAAUUCCAUGCCUCGACGAGACACGGAUAGUCCUUCAACCGAGCGAGGGCUGCGAUAAUGACUAUAUACAUGCAAAUAGAGUGAAGAUGGAUAAGUUGGACCGAGAAUUUAUCUUAACGCAAGGACCAAAGAGCAACACCGUCGAAGAUUUCUGGAGGAUGGUUUUUCAACAACAAUGCUCUGGCGUGAUCAUGCUUUGUAAUUUUUACGAGGAUGGGACACAAUCAUGCGAAGAAUUCUGGCCAACUGACGCCGGUGGAUACAAAUACUACGGGAAAAUGUUCGUCAAUAACAAAAGAAUCGACCAUCUUGACCAGUACGAUGUCUACACGCUUGAAGUGCUGCCUGAUGGUUGUUCAAACUCAAUACUUACAAAAUUGGCUCAUUGCACUAUGUGGCCGAGAAAAGCAGUUCCGCCCAGUGGUCGAAUGGUUUUACGACUACUUAGAUGGACUCAGUCAUUAGAGCCAGGACCGGUAACGUUGCUCUGUAGCGCUGGUAUCGGUCGAACAGGUACUUUAGUAGCAAUCGAUGCCGUUUGCAACCGGCUUUUCAAGGGAUUUGAAGGAAAGGUGAAGGAGGUCGCAUUAAGCAUACGUAAACAGCGAGCGUUAUCUAUACACAAUGAGUUACAGUACUUCUUUAUCUACUCUACUGUCCUCGAUUAUAUCAGGGUGAGACAAUUAAUCAAUACGAUAACGAUUAGGAAACAAAAAAGCAACAAUGAUUAUGUCAACAGCUUCUAUGACGACUUAAUAAGAGCACAAAUUUGA